AUGGCGGAUCUCAGCCAACGGCAACUUGUUUACGGUUUUUGUAACCAGCUGCAGUCUAAUUCCUCCACCAUAGAUAUGGUGGAUCCCUUCAUGAUCCCUAUCCCUAAACCAAAACCAAAAGUGCCAUCAUCUGCUAGAAUGUUCUCUUGUCUCUAUUGUUCUCGCAAGUUUUGCACUUCUCAAGCACUUGGAGGACUCCAGAAUGCUCAUAAGCAUGAAAGAGCCGCUUCUCGCUGUAAUAUGUUCUCCACCACUUCUACUACUACAGACUCCUCCAACCAUAUGAUCCGACUCCAUUUUCUUCAGAACAACCACAAUAAUGACAUGGACCCCUCUUCAAACAUUAACCCCUUCUCUUCUUCUUCUUCUUCUUCUUCAUCUUCUCAUGAUGGUUUUUAUACUCCUCCACCACCACCAAAUCUUGGACACCAUAUAUUUAUGAAUUUCCAGUGA